AUGGAGGCGGCGGCGGCGGCGGCCGGCGUGGAGCUCGGCUCCUCGAAGCCCCAGAUCGCGACGCAGGCGGAGAUGGCGGAGGCCCGGGUGCCGCUCGCCUACCGCGAUCAGUGCGCGCACCUCCUCAUCCCGCUCAACAAGUGCCGCGUCGCUGAGUUCUACCUCCCCUGGAAGUGCGAGCCCGAGCGCCACGCCUACGAGAAGUGCGAGUACGAGCUCGUCAUGGAGCGGAUGCUCAAGAUGCAAAAAGAUCCGCGAGGCGCAGGAGGCCAAGGUCAAGGGCGGCGCCUCCAUUGGCCUCAUCCCUGCCACCGCAAAGCUCGCCUGAUGCGGCCCCGGCCCGAUCCGUUUGAUUUAGGUGAGCUCCGACUCCGUCACGCCGUUUUGAAUUUCUUUUCUUCGGGAUUUAGCUCGGCUGCUGUGACUGAGUUCGUGAUUUGGAUGUGA